UUAAUUUUGAAUAUUGUUGUUGAAUCAUCGAAGAUUACAUCAAUUGACAAUUUCUAUAAACAAAGUAAAACCCAUUUGCUAUUGAAUAUUUCUGGGUUAUGGGGUAUUGACAAAGUCAAUCCUUUUCUUUUGCUUUCUAUAUUGUCUUCAGGGUGGUUGGCAUUGGAAAAUUGGAGUUUACUUACUAAUGAAUCAAGAAAAAAUCUUCAUUUCGUUGCCCUUUUGUUUAUUAGUAAUUAUUUUGACCGUCUUCUUUCACACUAUUUGCCUGUAGCAAUUUGCUUGUAUGUUGAUUGUUGAGACUUGAGAGGGAGGGAGGGAAAACAAUCAAACAAUUAGGCAAUCUGUAGUUAUGAAUUCAAGAAUAUUGGUGUUUCUGCUGUUUAUAUUCUCAUAUUAUUGUUGGGUUGUUAUUGCAAGAACAGAUUCGGCUGACUUGGCUGCAUUGAGAUCACUAAGAAGACAAUGGCAAAACACACCACCCAAUUGGGUCAGACGCGAUCCAUGUGGUCGGAGAUGGGAGGGUAUUUACUGUCAUGAGUCACGCGUGAUUGAAAUUAUAUUACCAGGCACAAACUUAGCUGGUCCUUUACCUGAAGAUAUCUUGUUAUUGUCGGAACUACAGACUUUGGAUCUAUCAAACAACAGAGGUCUGACUGGCCCUCUUCCAUCAAAUAUCGGGAACCUAAAUAAUUUAGUAAAUCUUGUUCUUGUGGGCUGUAAUUUCUCUGGCUCGAUUCCGGAGUCUAUAGGAUCACUUCAGACACUUACUCAUUUGUUUCUGAACAUGAAUCACUUCAGUGGAAACAUACCACAUUCCAUUGGUAACCUUACAAAUCUCAUCUGGCUUGAUCUUAGUGAGAACCAGCUGGAUGGAACUUUACCAAUUUCCAACACAACUACACCUGGCCUGGAUAUGCUGGUUAAUGCCAAUCACUUUCAUCUAGGAAAUAACAGGUUCACAGGUGAAAUUCCACCUAGACUUUUCAGCUCAAGGAUGGCUUUGAGACAUGUCAUUUUAAAUGAAAACCAGAUCAAUGGAAGUAUUCCAGAAACACUGGGACUUGUACGGAAUUUAACAGUCAUUCGUUUAGACAGGAACUCCUUUAGUGGCUCUGUUCCCCAAAAUUUGAGCAUGCUUACCAAUGUGACCGAGCUCUACUUGUCAAACAACAAUUUGAGCGGCCCGAUCCCUGACCUAACAGGAAUGAAUCACCUUACAUAUGUAGAUUUGAGUAAUAAUAGUUUUGAGGCAAUGGCUAUUCCUCGGUGGUUCGAGACUUUGCCAAAUUUAACUACAUUGAUUAUGGAAAACACUAGAUUAGAAGGGAAUAUAUCGACGACACUGUUCAGCGGUCCGCAACUACAAACUCUGGUACUAAAAGAUAACCAGCUUAAUGGGACUGUGGAAAUUCCUGCCAACAUCAGUAGGAAUCUCCGCCUUUUGGAUUUUCGGAAUAAUUCCAUUGAUGGUUUUAGUUCCAGAGUAUACAACAGGAGCGUUAUGCUUGAUGAAAAUCCUUUCUGUCUGAGGCCAGAAGCUGCAGGAAUCUGCAUUGCUGUCCAACCUUCAACAUAUUUAAACUUCAUACCACUACAGAAUUGUGCCCCUCAUACUUGUUUUGCAGAUCCAGUACUUGGACCUGAUUGCAGACGUCCUUACCUCGGUAACCUGGUAUUCAGAUCAUUCAGCUUUUCGGAUCUGGAGAACAUGCUCUACUACGCCUUUCUAACAGACACUUUGCACCCUCUUCUUGCAUCUCGAGUAACAAUUGAUAGAGUGUGUUUAGUGAGUUCAAUGAUAGAUACAAACGGGUACCUUGUAUUGAACAUAGCGUUCUUUCCUCCUGAUGGAGAUUACUUUAAUCGAACUGGUAUUUCUACGGUUGGGAAUGUCCUCAAUAAUCAUAUUUACGACUCUCCAUAUGGGCCGUAUUACUACAUUGAUAUGCCUUAUACUGCCUUUCCAGAACAACCCAAGAACAAUGCUCUUAUUGUAGGGAUAACAGUAAGUGGCUUUGUGCUUGCGGUGUUAACAAUCUAUGCUGGAGUUUAUGCGUAUCGUCAGAAGAAAAUAGCUCAGAGAGCUACUAAAUUAAACAAUCCUUUCUUAUCCUGGAACAGAGGUAACGUUCCUCAAUUGGAUGGAGCUAGGUGGUUCUCAUUUGAAGAUGUUAAACAGUGCACCAGUAAUUUUUCAAGUGGAAGUGAGAUUGGAGUUGGAGGUUACGGGAAGGUUUACAAAGGAAAACUUGUGACUGGAGAACUAGUAGCAAUAAAAAGAGCUAAACAGGGAUCAAUGCAGGGCGCCUUGGAGUUCAAAACUGAGAUUGAACUCUUAUCUAGGGUUCAUCACAAAAAUGUUGUCAAACUAGUUGGCUUCUGUUAUGAUAAAGGUGAACAGAUGCUGAUCUAUGAAUAUGUUCCAAAUGGGAGCUUGAGAGAAGCUCUUUCAGGGAAAUCUGGAGUUAGAUUAAAUUGGAUAAAGAGGCUCAAAGUAGCCCUUGGUGCAGCUAGAGGUCUGACAUACUUGCAUGAGCUUGCUGACCCACCCAUUAUACACAGGGACAUUAAAUCAGACAAUAUCCUACUGGGUAAUCACUUGAAUGCAAAAGUGGCUGAUUUUGGUCUGUCCAUACCUUUCAGUGAUCAUAGAGGUCAGGUGGCCACCCAAGUCAAAGGGACAUUGGGGUAUUUGGAUCCAGAAUACUAUAUGACACAAAUAUUAACUGAGAAGAGUGAUGUCUAUAGCUUUGGAGUGGUGAUGUUGGAGUUGGUGACUGGAAGGAUGCCAUUGGAGAAGAACACGUAUAUUGUCAGAGUAGUAAGGGAGACAUUGAAGGAGACAGGGGGCGUAUACAGCCUUGUAGACCCCGCCAUUCGUUCAGACACUCUGAUUGGUACGGAGGAAUUUGUGAAACUGGCAAUGAGGUGUCUUCAAGACACAGGAGAUGAACGACCUUCAAUGAAUGAAGUGUUGAAAGAGAUAGAGAAAAUGAUUGAAGCAAGUGAUCUGAACAUUGAUGUUGAAUCAACUACCACGUCAGCAAGUUUCGAUGUAGAAAGAGAGAGUGGUAAUCCUUAUAGCAGCAGUGCCUCCUUUGAUAGCAGAAUGAGCAGCCCUUUUCUUAGAUGAGUGUAGAAGAGAACCCUUUGUAUAAAUUUUCUCUAUUUGGUGAUUGCUUCACUCUGAUUCAUCUUUGUAUUGGAGCCUUGAGACUUCUCUGGCCUUUUUAUAUUUUGAUAGGUUAAUGUAGUGUGUAUAGGAUUAUAGGAAGACAUUUUUGUACAUACUAGAAAACACUAUGAUAUCGCCAACAAAAAUAUUGAAUUUCAACUAUAUAAAAAGCUUCAGCAACAA